GAGUAAAGGGGCAUGUUGAUAUGUGGUAGUGGAAGUUGUAUGGUUAGCAAUCGUUAAGGUUAACUUUUUAAUUGUGUCACUGAGUGAACUUAACAGAAAAUGAAAUAUUACUUCACUUUUUAGAAACCUGAAAUUGCGUAAAUCUGUUUGUUUACAAAUUUGUGUUGUAUUUAUUGUGAUAAGAACAGCUGCUGUAAUAUACUUUAAAAAAUAUGUGUAUUUGAAAUUAAUUCCUAGCUGUGUCAGAAUGGAUCCAUUGGGUGUAUCGCCUGAAAUUGUUGAUGCAUCUACUUUAAAGAGAUGGAAUGAAAUUAAUCCUAGAGACCUACCAGAUGCAAGCAAUUUUGGGAAUCAGGAAAAAGUUCAUUCUUCAAGCCCUUUUCCAUUUGAUUCAAAAAUAAAUAGCAAAGUAGCUUUGUGGGCUGGAGACAUAUGUACCCUGCGAAUUCAAGUUAUAGUUCAUUCUACUAAUGAAGCCUUAACAGAUAGGAGUCCAUUAAAUGAUAGAUUGCUGAAAAGAGCUGGACCUCAACUUAAAGAAGAUCUUCUAAAUCUUAAAUCAUGCAAAACUGGUGAAGCAAAGCUGACCAAAGGCUAUAAUUUACCUGCUCGAUAUGUCAUUCACACCGUGGGGCCAAAGUUUAAUGUUAAAUAUCAGACAGCUGCAGAAAGUGCUUUGUUUUCCUGUUAUUUCAAGGUUUUGCAACUUGUCAAGGAACACAACCUUGGUUCUGUUGGGCUAUGUGUGAUUAAUUCGCUGAGACGAAACUAUCCACCUCAUGAUGGUGCACAUAUAGCUUUACGAACUGUAAGAAGAUUUUUAGAGAAGUAUGGUGAUGCAAUAGAUUUAGUUGUUUUUGCUGUUGAAGAUGUAGAUGUUGGUAUUUAUGAACUUUUGAUGCCAUUAUAUUAUCCGAGAUCUAAAGAAGAGCAAGAAUAUGCUUUAUAUUAUUUACCACAUGAUAUUGGAGGGGAAAAUGGUGAAGCUUGCAUUCCUGAAAGGCAGAUGAGAAUUGUAGAAAGACCUUUCAAAGUAACAACUGAUAUUGAAGAAAGUGUUGAUUUAGCUGCUGAACUGCAGUCAUCGGUAUGCAUUGGGAAAACUGCAUUUGCAAAAAUGCAUCCUGACUUAGACAGGCAUCGAACAAUUGCACAUAAACAUUCUUUCUCUCAAGAUAUCUUAACAUCAGAAGUCCAGAGGAAAACGAAGUAUGAAAGGUUAUUGCGUAAAGCCAGAAAUGAAGAUUUACGUUCCAUUGCCAAUUUAGGUUGCUUAUAUCAGAGUGGUGAAGAUAGGUAUGGUAGGCCAGUUAUUGUAUUUAUUGGUCAAAGAUUUAAAGCAAGUCAGUUAGAUCUUAAUAAGGCUGUUAUGUACUUCAUUCUUACUCUUGACUCCAUUGUACAGAAAGAUUAUAUUGUUGUGUAUUUUCAUACUCUUACAACAAGUGAAAAUAAUCCAUCUCUGACGUUCUUGAAAGAUGUUUAUAGCAUCCUUGAGUAUAAAUAUAAAAAGAAUUUGAGAACAUUUUAUAUUGUUCAUCCUACAUUUUGGAGCAGAUUAAUGUGUUGGUGGUUCACAACGUUUACUGCUUCUUCCUUGAAGAACAAAGUCCAGCUAUUGGGUGGUGUGGAAUAUCUCUAUUACCUAAUUCCUCCUGAUCAGUUAGAAAUUCCGCAGUUCAUUCUUGAUUAUGAUUAUAAGGUGAAUGGUGUUCGAUACUGCCAACCCUCAUCUGCUCAGACAGCUUAAAUUCUUAUGGAAUCAUCUGAAGAAUAUUUUUCCAUAUAUUUUAAUACAUCUGAGGAAGUAUCUAUUUUAAUAUAUGUAUACAAAAUAAAUCUCAAAUUUAAACAUAUUUUUGUAAUUUCUUUACAUGUAAAUAAACAUUAAAAUUUGGUUGAAUGCCUGUACUUAUUUAAGUUUCAAAGUGAAUGUAUAUAUAUGCAUUUUAUGACCAAAAAAGACCUUUUCUUAUCAGUUGCAUGAAGUUUUAUUUAUAUAAUGAACUUUUGAUGGAAGUUCUUUCCUGUAACUUACUGAGAAAACUUCAGGUAUGAUAAUGGAGAAUUCUUGUCAGUAAUUCUGUUAUCUAGUAAGAACUUAUAUAAAUAUAUUAUCAGUGUAAAAUGUAUCAAAUUUGGUUCAAUUUGACUAUCCUUUUCAUCAUUAAAAUGUGUAAUACUUUGAUCUUUUUCAUGUUAUUUUUUUAAUAAUUUUUUUAGUCCCCUCGAGUGGCACUGCCUUUAUCUGGUUAUGAAUUUUUUUUUGCCAUUUGGUGUAUAGUGCCUUAUUAUUUAAAAUAUUUUGUUUUCUUGUUUUCUUUAAUGAUCUAAAUAUUAUCUUAAUGAAAGAUUAUGAAAACAUUAAAGUAAUUAUACAAAUUUAGCAAAGAAAUAUAGUUUAAAUACAUUUCUUCAUGAGUAGGUGCAAAAGGCCAUGCUACUUAGAGGGGUAACUUAAUUCUGUGUAUUAUGCUCUCAUCUGCAUAACUCAUAAAUUGUAUCUUAAAAUAUUUGUCUGUUAAAGAUAUAUUCUGUUAGAAUCAUGUUCUUAAUGCAAGAUUUCAUUAACUUCCUGCUUGUUAAAUUAUUUCAGGUGUAAUUGUUUUACUGUAUUUUAAAAAUAAAACUUAUCAUAUUUUUGUUGAUUCAA